AUGUCGAAUUAUCAUAAAGAAGAAGAAGAUAAAAUACAUAGUUAUAGUGAUUUUUUAUCAGAUAGACAAUCAAUACCCAAUUCCAACAUAUCAUCAUCAUCAUCCACAAUUUCAAAUGACAACGAGCCAAAAGAAUAUUUACAAUUAGAAAAAACAGAAACUAAAAAAUCAUUAAAAGAAUUAGGUGUUACGAAGGAGAAACCACCACCAGAAAUCAAUGACCCACCAAUAGAAGACCCCAUUUUCCCAGAAGAAUAUCAUUUAGAGACUGAUACAGGUUUAGUAAGUGCCAAGACUUUAGAAAGUUUGGGUAGAACAAUAAGUGGAUCUCAUCAUAGUGUUACUGACCAAACUGAAUUUGUCACUUUUAAAGUUAAUGAUCCUGAAAAUCCUCAUAAUUGGCCAAUGUGGAAAAAAUGGUUUUAUACUUUUUUGUUAACUUGGUUAGUUGUUGCUGCUGCCUAUGGGUCUUCUUGUUUAUCAGGUGGGCUCUUCACAAUAAAUGAAAAAUACGGAGUAUCAACUGAAGUUUCAACAUUAGCUGUUUCAUUGAUGGUUUUUGGAUUUAGUAUUGGACCUUUACUUUGGGGUCCUGGAUCAGAAAUUAUUGGUAGAAGACCCAUUUACUUUAUAAGUUUUGGAUUAUACACAAUUUUUAAUAUUCCAUGUGCAUUAUCACCAAAUAUUGGAGGAUUACUAGCUUGUAGAUUUAUAUGUGGAGUUUGUGCAUCAAGUGCAUUAACUAAUGUCGGUGCAAGUUUAGUUGAUAUUCAUUCAGAAGAAACAAGAGGUUUAGCUAUUGCAUUUUUCAGUUUUUCACCUUAUUCUGCUCCAAUUUUGGGUGUUUUAGUGAAUGGAUUUAUUAGUGUAAAUACAAGAAGAAUGGAUUUAAUAAUAUGGGUUAAUAUGGCUUUCGCUGGAGUUAUGUGGAUUAUUAUUUCUUUAGUUCCUGAAACUUAUGCUCCAACUAUUUUGAAAGCAAGAGCUAAAAAAUUAAGAAAAGAAACUGGUAAUCCUAAUAUAAUGACUGAACAAGAAGCCCAACCUUUAUCUUUUAAAGAAAUGGUAAAUACUAAUUUGGUAUUACCUUUGAAAUUUGUUUUCACUGAACCAGUCUUGGACUUAGUGUGUGCUUUCAUUGCUUUAAUUUAUGGUUUAUUAUAUGCUUUCUUUUUCGCAUAUCCAUACAUUUUUGGUAAAUUAUAUAAUUACAAAGAUGAUAAAAUUGGACUCAUGUUCAUUCCAGUCUUAAUUGGUGCUUUCUUUGCAGUUGGAACUACCUAUAUAUUAGAAAAACAAUAUAAUGUAAUGCUUAAAAAGAGAAAACCGGUACCGGAGGAUAGAUUAAUUGGUGCAAUGAUAGGUGCUCCAUUUCCAUGUAUUGCAUUAUUCAUUCUUGGUGCAACAUCAUACAAACAUAUAAUAUGGGUCGGUCCAGCAUCUUCAGGUCUCGCAUUUGGGUAUGGAAUGUGUCUUUGUUACUACUCAUUUAAUAACUAUAUUCUUGAUAGUUACGCCAAACGUGCUGCGCUGGCUUUAGCAACAAAAGUAUUUUUAAGAUCUGGUUUAGGUGGUGCAUUUCCACUUUUUAUGACCGCCAUGUAUUCUAGAUUAGGUCUUCAAUGGGCUUCUUGGUUGCUUGCUUUUAUAUCACUUGCUAUGGCUUUUAUUCCGUUUACUUAUUACAUAAUUGGUGCAAGACUUAGAGCUAAAUGGUGUAAAGAGGAUUAUACUAUACAUUAUGAUUAA